UGUUGUGCUGUACAGCAUUCAAAUUGCAGAGCAACAAAGACUAAAAAUAGCACCACACCAGACAAAAGCCUCCCACCCCCAAAGCACAACCACUCAGUGGCCAUGGUGAACAGGAGUACACCAGGGAAGGUUGAGGCUCUGGAGAGGCUCAGGGACUGGGCCCAGUACAGGGGCCAGGAGCAGCAUGAGACCCACGGGACUGCAGCACAGAAAUCUGGGCAAAACCGAUGUCCCUGGAGCACAGAUGUCCCUGGAGCAGAGCAGGUGAAGGGCCAGGAGGGCCACGGAACUGGUGAAACACCUGGAGGGGAGCAGAACGGGUGAGUGGUGGGGUGUGGAGGGGCUGGGGAGAGCUGAGCAGGUACAGGGCCCAGGAGGGGUAUGAGGCUGUGUGGGUGGCCCCAGGGUCAGAGGCCCCAGGGCCAGAGGCAGGAAACCCUGGACCUCUCUCCCCCAUCAUAGGCUCAGUUCCCUGAGAACCAUACUGCCCCCCUUGCUGGGAGAGACCUGCUGCUCUAUCCUGAGCACAGGGAUGUCAUAGAGGAUGCAGGAGCUCUUGCAAAGGCUUGGGCCCAGGUGGUAAAACGUGCAGAUUGCAAGGAGCAGAUAAAGAGGGUCUCUAGCUCCCCUUAAGAAAGACUCGGGGACCAGUAUAUUAGAAUCCAAACAGGACUCUUCAAGCUGGACAGAGUUUAUUCAUAGACCAGCCCUACUCCACACGACCUGCUCAGCUGGAAAAUCUGCACAUCUUCCUACACCAGGAAGCCCUAGGCUAUGAUCAAUCUCAGUCCCGCAGUGGGCAUUGUCACCUCAAAAUUUUGCAGCUUGGGAUUCUUACACAGUGUCAGCCCAGCUGGAAUUUCCCCUUUUAAAAAUCCUCUCCAGACGGCCACCCACCCCUCCUCCUCCCUGGAUUCAAACCCCGCAGGGUGACCUUAGCCAAAUUGGAAACAUUAAUAUCGCCCAACAGAUGCAGGCUUUGGACACCAUUCUCUGCCAAUUAAAUCACUGGGACAUGAACGAAAAGCUACAGGGGCUAUCUACCUUAAAUUUGUGUUUUUUCAUCAUUGUUUAGAUGGUGUUCAAUUCCCUUCUAAAACUAAGGUUUUGCUAAGUCUGGUAAAUGCAAGUGAGGUGAGGUAUGUGUGUUUGAAAAAAGAAAUGUAUGGAAGAGGGAUAUUCUGAAGGGCCUUAAGAUUAUGUAAAGCCGGAUGGGUAAAAUGAAAUGGCAUUAGAAUGAAAGCAAGCAAAAGAAAGUGUUGAAGGUCUGAGAGAGAGAUUUUUGUGAGAAAUCAUGUGUACUCAGGUGUCUCCCCCACCUCCAACACAUUCAUGGGCUUGCUCAUCUGACCAGCAAAGCCCCCUCUGAUCGCUACUUCAUCAGCCGAACGAGGGGCCAGGACAUCAUGGAUCCUGCCCCUAGCAGGCCCAGUGAUCAUGAUUAUGAUUUUCUUUGUUUCUGCACACUGUUUUCUCUGCUUUAUCCAGGCAAAGCUCUCUGACAUGAGCCUUCGCUCUCCCAGACCCGGGAAAGCCAUUCCUGUGAUUGACAGAUGAGCAACAGGGCAUUGCUCUAUGGGUUCUGGGCCAACCUGGGCUGUCCAGCGACCAGUUGCUUAUUUCUCUAAACAAAUGGAUCCCCUGUAAGAGGAUGGCAGCCCUGCCUGCGCGCACUUGCGGCAGCUGCUCGUCUUGCUAGACAGGCCUUAAAACCUACACUGGGCCAAGCUGUACAUAUUAGUUCUCCACAUCGGCUCCAGGACCUACUCAUUCACCAGGUUCUCUCCCCUCCAUCACCCUCUUGUCUGUUGGAUUUCUACUCUCUUUGUCAAAGACCCUCUCAUCUCCCUCUCCCAAUCCUUGACUCUCCAUCCUGCUAGGUCACGGGUGUUCCACUCCCUAAUGCAGAUAACACCCUCUUCUUACUAUGGUGGACACCAUCACCAGUCAGACAAUGGACCUGCCUUUAUCUCAAAGAUUACUCCACAGGUCCCCUCCCUGGGCAUCACCUGGAAACUACACAUUCCCUCCCGACCGCAAUCCUCUGGUAAGGUAGAACGGGUAAAUGGUCUGACCAGAGACCACCUAACCAAACUCUCUACUGAGCUGCGGAAAUCCUGCGUGGAGCUGCUCCCACUGGCUUUAAUGCACCUCCGAGCCACCCCUUGUGGCCCCUUGUUCCUGAGCCCCCUUGAACGGAUGUAUUGCAGACCUCCCCUUACUAACCAUGAGCUCCCCAUCCAAUCUACGCUGUUGGCUGGAUAUUUUUCAUACUUCUCUUUGCUCAGACAGCUGCUCCAAGAACACACAGAUCGUUGUCUGCCACAACCUGUGCCUCCAUCCCCUGAUGCACCUGUCAACCUGCUCUGCCCUGGAGACCAGGUUCUUCUGAAAGCCAUCUCUCCAAAACCACUUCCGCCAAAGUGGAUGGGUCCACACACGAUCAUCCUGACUACACCAACAGCUGUCAAGGUCUUGAGCAACAUGUCCUGGCAUCAGCUGUCCAGGGUCAAACCGGUCCCUGUGGACAAGCAGUAUGUAUGCGAGUGCUGGGCCCAACUCAGUCUGCUCGAGGCCACGCAGAUCAGGUCCACUUCACUGACACAACCAUGGCCCCAGGCCCUGAAGCAGGUCCCCGCCAGGAGACUGGCUGGGAAUCCCAGACUGACACUGACGCGGGUCGUGGGGGCAGGGCUCGCUGAGACGCUUCAUCCCCUGCCUCGUAGCCGGGCUCCAAGCAGCAGCCGGUCUCCAAGGCGGUUAAUUUUGACAAGCUGCGGGAGAUCACCCAGUUCCACCCCAUACGGAGGAGUACGGUGACUACAAACAACGGCGAAGAGCAUGUGGCUGCUAGAAGCUUUCAUAAACCUGCCCGGGAUGGGUUGGUUGCAUUACAACUGGCGUAGAUGGCAGGACGGUGCAAAGCAGGACGGCUCUACGCAGACAAAACCUUUGGAACCUGGUGAGGGAUUGCCGGGUGGCCGGCCACGAGCAGAUGAUACUCGGUGGCUGACCUCCUCACCCUG